AUGGGGUUGUUGAUAAGAUCUGCAAGGUGUUUCUCCACCACUAAAAAUGUGGGUAAGAAAUUGAACAAGUAUUCAUACGUUGUUACGGAACCAAAGGAUCAAGGUGGUUCACAGGCUAUGCUUUAUGCCACUGGUUUUAAACAAGACGACUUGAAAAAGGGUCAAGUUGGUGUUGGGUCACUUUGGUGGUCUGGUAACCCAUGUAAUAUGCAUUUGUUAGAUUUGAAUAACAGAUGCUCGGAAGCAAUUAAUAAGGCGGGUUUGAAAGCUAUGCAAUUUAACGCUAUUGGUGUCUCUGACGGUAUCUCUAUGGGUACCAAGGGUAUGCGUUAUUCUUUACAGAGUAGAGAAAUUAUUGCAGAUUCUUUUGAAACUCAAAUGAUGGCUCAACAUUAUGAUGCAAACAUUUCAAUUCCUUCUUGUGAUAAAAACAUGCCAGGUGUUAUGAUGGCUAUGGGUAGACACAAUAGACCUUCCAUCAUGGUUUAUGGUGGUACGAUUCUACCAGGAUCGCCUACCUGUGGAUCCGCAAAAUUGCCAAACAAAAUCGAUCUAGUCGCCGCAUUCCAAUCAUAUGGUCAAUUUAUCUCCAAUCAAAUUACUGAAGGGGAAAGAGCCGAUGUCGUCUCUCAUGCUUGUCCAGGACCUGGUUCUUGUGGUGGUAUGUAUACUGCUAACACUAUGGCUUCAGCUGCUGAAGUCCUUGGUAUCACUUUACCAAACUCUUCUGCAUUCCCAGCAACUUCAAAGGACAAAUUGAACGAAUGUGAUUCUAUUGGUGAAGCUAUCAAGAAGACGAUGGAACUUAACAUCUUGCCUCGUGACAUUUUCACUAAGCAGGCAUUUGAAAAUGCUAUCACUUAUGUGAUUGCAGUUGGUGGUUCUACAAAUGCUGUCUUACACUUGGUGGCCAUUGCUCAUUCUGCCGGUGUCAAGCUUACACCUGAUGAUUUCCAAAGAAUUAGUGAUAAGACUCCAUUACUUGGUGACUUUAAACCUUCUGGUAAAUACGUGAUGGCUGAUUUGAUUAAGGUUGGUGGUACCCAAGCUGUUAUCAAGUUCCUUUACGACAACGGUUUCAUGCAUGGUGACACAUUAACCGUUACUGGUGAGACUUUGGCUGAGCGUGCCGCCAAGGCUGUUCCAUUGUCUGAAGGACAGGAACUAAUCAAACCAAUUUCACAACCAAUUAACCCUAACGGUCACUUACAAAUUCUUUACGGUUCUCUAGCUCCUGGUGGUUCUGUCGGUAAGAUUACCGGUAAAGAAGGUACCUAUUUCAAGGGUAAGGCUAAGGUUUUCGAAGAAGAAGAAGCAUUUAUCCAUGCAUUGGAGAGAGGUGAAAUCAAAAAGGGUGAAAAAACUGUCGCAGUGAUUAGGUAUGAAGGUCCAAAGGGUGCUCCAGGUAUGCCAGAAAUGUUGAAACCAUCUUCUGCUUUGAUGGGUUACGGUCUAGGUAAAGAUGUUGCCAUGUUAACUGAUGGUAGAUUCAGUGGUGGUUCUCACGGUUUCUUGAUCGGUCACGUCGUGCCUGAAGCUGCUGAAGGUGGUCCUAUCGGUCUGGUGAAAGAUGGUGAUGAAAUCAUCAUCGAUUCCAACAACAACAAGAUUGAUCUACUGGUGGACGAAAAGGAACUUGCUGAGCGUAAAGCUAAGUGGACUCCACCAGCUCCACGUUACACCAGAGGUACUCUUUCCAAGUACGCCAAAUUGGUUUCUAACGCCUCUCAAGGUUGUGUUCUAGAUGCCUAG